CACCAGCCAAGCCACGGAUCUCCUCCGCACCUCCUCCAGGAGUCACAUAUUUGCCAUCUAAAUAUUUCCUAAUACCAGGAGCGCUUGUCUCAUGGUGCCCCGGGCAUCCACUCGUGUUUGCGGAAUCGAUCUGCCGCCGCUAAGUUGGGGGUCUUAAAAAAAAAAAAAAAGUCAUGGAAACGUGCUUUUUGAAUCCAGUACUCCACUGGUCUGUGUCGGUGCUGCUGCUGGGUCUGGGUCUGCCGGGGCCCCUCUGGGCAGGGACCCCCGGCUACAACAGCACGAAUCCGGUAACGGACGGGUUUUAUUAUUCAUCGGGCACAGAUGGACCCAGCAGCACAGAAAACGGUGCAACUUCAGCUUCAUACUCCAGCGAGAGUUUAUCACCAUCACAGAGGGUCCUCCUGCUCACACACACGUCUGAAACGCACUCUGCCCCUCCUGGGACCCUCGAAACGGAGCAGACAGAAAUUCUCACAGAAACAAGUAGCAGGUUUCCAGAGACCACAAAUCUGUCUACGGAGCCAUUUACCUCCUCCUCUAUAAGCACCACUGAUUUCAGUAGUAGCAGCAGCAGCAGCAGCAGCAGUGGCUUUACUAACACAAACCAGAUGCCAGUGAUGUCCCACUCUGUGUCCACGGAGAAUCAACCCAGGCUGCUUCCAGAGGAUGAAACCCUGCCGCAGGACAGCCCGGAUACCACGCUUCGUUUGAGGGAUACCACAUCUUCGAUGUCGCAGACAGGAACACUCACCAUUGGCACCUACACUACAACCGUUAGCCGUGCUGGGGAGAGGACCCUGCUCUCUGUUACCUCCUCCUCCUCUAACAACAGCACCUCAUCUGCUUUUACAGAGGAUUCAAGCUCCCAUCAGCCUCUGUCCACCUGGGGUAUCCCUCCCAGGCCCGCAGAGACCGAGGGCUAUACUCAGAGUGCCCCGGCAACGAGGACUAAUGGGAGAGAAACAACAGAGCAGCAUAUGACUGGGACUUUUUCAGAGACUGGAGGUCCAGCGGGGGCCAGCGGAACCCCAGGUUUAACCAGACAACCUAAUUCCACCAAGCAUCAGCUUUCUUUAACAUCUCAGGAAACAUCAGAUUCAACACCACCUCUCAAGGUGACCGAGCCCAGCACUGAUCAGUCAGAAACACCUGUUUCCUCCACUCCUCCUUUCACUUCACAUGCAGAGGGUCCUGUAAAUGCCUCUGGGACUGAUCGUGAUUCUGGCAGUAGUGUUGGAUCCUCCACAGAGAUGACCACUGGAGCACACAGCCCCAGCACCCAGAACCAGGAGGGCACAGAAGGCCUUACAUCCCAAACCAGGGAGGACAGCGUGGGUUUAGGUCUGACCACGGUGCCUUCAGCAGUCAGCAGUUCAUCUGAAAUGAAUGAGUCUCCGACAGAGAUGCCAGGAAUGGUUACUGGAGUCUUCCUUACCACUACACCAGUCACUGUCACUGAGAGAUCACAGACAACAGAAGAAAACACCUUUAAAUCAGCUGCUUUUACAACCACCACCAGAGCCUCCACUGAACCUCCCAUACCAGCAACAUCAGCAACAAUGCUGAGCAGCACCUCUAGAAGUUAUACUACAGAGUCCACUGCAGAGACCACCCUCCCACCCACUUCAACCUCCACCACGGUCCCCACCCCGGACCUGCAGAGCUCUGCAGCACUCCCAACAGUCCAUGUGUCACCCAGCCAAACGCAGAGACCUUCAACUAAAAUGGUCAUUCCCACAAAAGCAGCCACUGUGCAGACCGAGACAAGCACAGGGACCCAAAGAUUCACCACAACGCAAAGUCAAUACGUCAAAACCACCUACAGUCACAGCAGUCCAGCUGGGAGUACAGAGAGUGUGCACACCUCCACGAAACAGACAGAUGGAGGAGCCACAGAGCUGGAGGUGACAACGCUGCUCUCUGAUGUCCAAACUGCCAAAGUGCCUCAAAGAAAUCCCUGCGUGUCGAACCCUUGCAUGAACGGAGGGAUGUGUGUGAGCUAUAAAGGACCGGAGUACACCUGCCAGUGUCAGAAGGCCUGGACAGGACCGACCUGCGACCAGGAUCUGGAUGAGUGUGAGCAGGACCCCUGCCCAGCAGGCUCCACAUGCGUCAACACAAAUGGGUCUUUCAGCUGUGAAUGUCCACUCGGCUAUGAUCUUGAGGAUGGACGGACGUGCACCAGAGCAAAGACAUUUCUGGGAACUUUCAAUUUUAACAGGCACGAUCAUAUAAAAAGCUCCGCCAUGCAUGAGAUUCAGAGAGAGAUCAUCCAGCUGCUUAACGUGUCAUUGUCAGUCCUCCAAGGUUACAGCCGCUCAACACUGCUGAGGAAGGAGCAGGGCAGGGUGCGUAUCUUGGCGGUCAGCAUGUUUUCUGUUUCCACUGAUGUGACGACUGCUGAAGUGUACAACAGCAUCCAGAUGUCUCUAAGCAACUGUAGCGCGUCAUUGACCCACUGCAGAAUGGUCCUGCAAAAUCAGCUCUCCUACCACAUGGAGAGCUUAUGUGAAGCUCAGAAAACUCAGUGUGAUAAAGAGCGCUCAAACUGCACUGACAGCACUGGCACGGCCUACUGCCAGUGUCUCCGGGGAUAUUACAAACACAAUCCGGAAGACCUGUCCUGUCUAGAAUGCAGGGAUGGAUACAAGCUGGAAAAUGGCACAUGUGUCCCUCUUUGUUUCAGGUGCAUGUUUGGAUUUGGAGGAUUCAAUUGUGGCAAUUUUUACAAGCUAAUUGCAGUUGUGGUGUCACCUGCAGGAGGGGGUCUCCUCCUCAUUCUCAUCAUCGCUCUUAUUGUCACUUGCUGCAAGAAAGACAAAAAUGACAUCAAUAAGAUCAUCUUCAAGAGUGGAGACAUGCAGAUGUCGCCGUAUGCAGACUUUCCCAAAAACAACCGAAUAUCCAUGGAGUGGGGCAGGGAGACCAUAGAGAUGCAGGAAAACGGCAGCACAAAAAACUUGCUGCAGAUGACCGAUAUUUACUAUUCUCCUGCUUUGCGUAACUCCGACCUGGAGAGAAAUGGCCUGUAUCCGUUCACAGGUCUGCCGGGAUCGCGUCACUCAUGCAUUUACCCCGCCCAGUGGAACCCCUCUUUCAUAAGUGACGAUUCCCGGAGAAGAGACUACUUCUGAGUACCUCACUCUGGAACCACGCGUAUCCUCUGACUCUCACUGUUGUGCUGCAUUAUGGUAGUUUUAUUGUCACUGCGGGAAUGUUUAUGAGUGAUGUCAUUAAGAAAUCAGGGUUGAACACAGAAACCUGUUAACGUCUGUGUGUGGGUGCAGUUUAAACACAACUAUUUUGCAAGUUAAAUCUGAGUAAAAUCUGUUUCACUUUGACCAUUUCAGUGUUUUUGCAUGUUUUGAAUUAUUUAGUUCAACUCCUACAGGGCUCACAUUGCUACUGUAAGUUUUUUUACUGUAAAUGGAGCGAUUUAUUCUUUGUAUUAAUGCAAAGGUGAAUGGUCCACUACAGUUUUUGUCAUGUCUGCCAUUGCUGUUAGUUAUUGCUGCCUGGCAAUAAAGCACUGCAUUAAUGCACAGUGAAACAUAAAGCCAGAGGCAAUAUUCAAAUCCUGCUUUCUUGGAUUUUUUUUAAAUGGAAGACAGCAGCAAAAUGGUCCAAAACAUCAAAAAACAUAAAUGGUGCAGUCUUAAAAUACAGGUUUACACCACUGCUGUAAUAAGUAAACUGUUUUUAUAAGUCUUAAAAAGCAACUUUUGGAGCUUAACAAAUAACUAUUGAAUGUCAAAAGUGUGGAUUUAUGCUGACAGUGACUGAAUAAUGACUUUGUAACCUGAUGCUAGCUGUUAUUUAUUCCAAGUAUGCCAGAGUUGUCCACAUGUAGCAUAAUGAUAUCUCAAUCAUGCACACUGACCGACAUCAAAGGGAUAAACCUGUGGCUUUAAAGGGGACAUAUCUUGCUUUUAAAUCCUUCCUUUUCACAUUUAAAAUCAUUCAGUUGUGGUCUAUAUAAAGUGAAAUUGCAAUACUUUGGUCUGAUCUCCUUGUUAAUGUUGCUCCGCAGACUCCUCUUUAAGCCCUGUUCUGAGGUGGGUCUGAGAGCAACUCGAUUUGAUGCCGUCUCUUUAAACGCUGUUGAGACCCUUCACACCCCGCCCUCCUCGAGGUCAAAGAGCGCUGCACUUUAACCCGUUCGGACAUUUGUGUAGUUUGAUAGCAAUUAUCUAGCGCUGAAGAAACAAGACAAAAACUGCAAAAACAAUUGAAAACCGUUUAUAUAACAUUAUUCAAAACACAAAUUACGGUUAUGUCCUCAAGGAGCUGAAAGCAGCACACAGCGCUAACAUAAGCAGAAGGCAAUAUGCUACUGCUAUCAAAACAAUAGCCAGGAUGUCAUAUCAACAGACAAUAAAUUCAUGUCUAAAAUAAAGUUUGUUGUCAUUUCAGCGUUAUUUGCAGUUUACCGCUUUGUUGUGUCAGUCGUUUCCAUAGACAGAAGAAGCUGACACCUUAAUCAGUUGAAGUCUUUCAGCAAAUCCGUCUUUAGUACUGGCGGAGGUUGCUGAAGGCACUGGGGGAAAUAUGAAUUUCCCCACUGAUGUGGGUACAUUUCCUUGAAAAAUCUAAUUUAACCAGGCACUCUGAAGGGGUUCUGAUGCUGGGGGAUGGUGCAAUGAAUUGUGUGGGUUAAUUCACCCAACAACCGAACUUAUCCUCUUACAGCAUAGGGAUGCUUGAGCUUGGACUACAAAAUCGCAGCGAGAAAUAAAUAUGGCGGAUACGCAAAACUGAUCAGCCGGAAGUCCAUGACCUUGUUUGGCUGUUCCGCAGCAAAUACUGUGAUGUAACAGUUGGAAAAACGUACCAGAUGAUGGAGAAAACUGAACGGACUGAAAAAUAUGACCCGAACAGAAUAUAAAGACAUCUCAGCAACACCUGGAGAGACUAAAUUAAACUUUUCUGUACUCCUGCAGCCUCCAAGUACUCAACAAAAUGUAUUUAAAGGCUAAAGGUUGAUUUUGUAUGAUAUGUCCCCUUCAAGUGUGUGAAAGAGGUUGUGUGUGUGUGCACAAAAAUGAGAGCAAGAUAGUGUAUGUGUGUGUGGGUGGGGGUGUAGGUGCAAAAUAAUAUUUGCAAGAAUAUUUUAUAACUCUCCAUAAGUGUUUGAAUGUAAGGGUGUAUCAUAAUUAGCUGUUCCUAUCAUGGAUUAUUAUGUUUAUGUGUGAUUUGUUUUUAGUUUGUUUUGUGUGAUCACGUGGUUUGUUGAUUCUGGCGUUUUAGUCAGAAGUGUUUAUUUAAAUAAAAAUACUAAAAGAUA